CGGGACGCGACGCAUGUUGAGUUGAAUCAAAUUGUAUUAUUUUCUACUUAACACAACGCGUCGUAUUUUAAUAAUGCUUUUCGGCCUUUAUACAUCUCACUUUACAAGCUAAACCUACAUUAUUAAUAACCUUAUGUCGGUUUUAAAAAAAUAAUCAAAAACUUCAAAUCCAAACUGUCACAUUCCGUCAACGGCAUCGUUCCCCUAUACAACUAUACUAAUUAUAGUUUACAUUUCGUAAUCGUAUUGUUUACAAUUUCGGGGAUGUGACGGUGUUUUUAUUAUAUUAUUAAUUUUUAAGAUUUACAUUUUAUAGAAAAGAUACGGAGAGCUACGAUUUAAUAGAAAGACAUCAAGCCUGUGUUGAAUAGAAAACAUCUAAGAUAAAUUAUGGAAUGUAAUAGGCCGUUGUGUGCACGGGAAAGUGAUCUCUUAAAGACGUCACUUGCAAGUUCCGAAAAACGAGUGUCGCAGUGGGAAGUCCUCAUGCGAAAAUUCUCAGAAGCCCAUAAAGAAGAAUGCAAAACGGUGACGCUGGACAUCCCGCGAGUGAAACGUGCCGAGAAGACGUUCCCGACCGGCUCCUCUUACACUGGCACCUGGGACGUGCUAGGGAUGAGCGGCCAGGGGACCUACAAGUUGCCAAAUGGUGUAAUUUACGAGGGCGAAUUCGACGAUGGAACGUUCCACGGACGAGGCGAACUUCGAUACCCGUGCGGAGCCGUAAUAUACGGAAAAUGGGUGCGCGGGGAGAUGGUAGAGAGGACAUUAGUGUUUCCAGACGGGCUGGAGUACGCUGAGGCUGACUGGCCGUACUGUAUGAUGCCAGACCGGAGGUUCACGAUAGAGAUCGAUGAUGGACUGGAACCAGCAGGUCGCUCGUACCUCACGGCAGAGCAGCCGACUCGCGAAAUCCCACCAGGAUUCUAUGACACGGGGGACGGUUUCUACGACCCGGAUAGCAAAAUUGUGUUCUCGGCGGAAGACCUAACUCGGAUGAUCAGAAAGCCCUGCGCCCGCGAACAAAAGUGGAUCAUGGAUAACUGCCGCACCAAUCCCAUGAGGCCCCUGGGACCCAGACCUGACCUGUACGAGGAGUGGUCCUCACCCAAAACGGAGCCAGAUGUGGAGGUGAAAAGAGUGGGGCCCAACCAGCCAAGCUUUGCAUGUUCUAGAAGCCGGUCGCAUUUGGUGAUUGAGGACACGGUUUCAGACACCGCGUUUGCCCACCUACGCGCGGAUUCUACGUCGACUUCCAGCUUUAGCAAUUAAUCUUAUUUAGAUACUUAGGCUGUCUAGUUGUAUAAAUUACAUACAUAUAUUUAUGAGUAUAAUUUCUGGAAUAGUACCUAGUGAGAAAACUUUGCUUGGUUUUGUAAAACCUAUUUGUCAUGUAGGUAUUUUCUUGUGUUAGCAUCUAUCGAUUGAAGCAUGUGGCAUGUGUGGCAAUAUAAUUGUAAUAGUAGUAACUAAAUAGCGUUAUUUUAAUGAAUAAUAAAUAUUUUUAAUCUUUAAA